GACAUAAUGCAGGUGAGGAAAGGAGGGAUUUUCCUCCAGGCUUGAUGAAUUGCAGACCGACUUUCUAGUUGUUAGAAACAACAUUUCAGCAUAGUUAAAUGGUUAUCAGUUUUCACUGUCAACAUUUUGGAAUAGAACAGAGUUAUUCCACUCAAAAAAUUAACCGAUGGCUGUAAUGGAGAACUCAACCACCGCUGUUCCCUUUGAAUGGGAAUACUAUUACGAUUACAUUGAUCUUUUGAUUGUGGAUGAGAGCAAGCUGAAAUACAACAAGUACUCAAUUGUUAUAAUAUUUUGGAUCAUUCUGGCUGCUUUUAUGGGAUUCCUCUUCCUCAGUUUGAAUCUAAUGUCCCGCAGUGGAAACCUUCAAAGGAGACACAGAUCCAACAUCAGAGGAAAUCACAGGACAUCAACUGCUUGACCCAGGACUUUAUUUGAAUGAGAGUACAUUUUAUAAAUGUUAGCUGUUUAAAAUGAGGUGUGAUGGACACAAAACAAUAACCAGGAGGAAAAC